GGACACCACGAUGCUUCCCGAAGAAUCAUCACCGCUACCCUCAGCCUCCAGCCUGGCUUCGGUAGAGACUUCCCUGCGGUGGGCCCAGAGAAAACCGGGAGAGCACAGCUCUGUCACCCCAGGCUCGGGCUGCGCAACGAGGACACGCGUAGAAACCAGCGGUGGCAGAUGUUGGGAAGCGCUCUGCUGGCAGCAAACGGUCUUGGAGCAAAGAGCGCUACUGGAAGCGCUUCCCACACACGGUCAAGCUCAGCUCUGAGGAGAGUGGCACAACUGGAAAGCAAAAUCCUGGACCGAAGAAAGCAGUUGGAAUUGCAAAACACCGACUUGGGCCAGAAGCCUUUGGAUGAGGAGUCCCCCUCCUCUGCUUCCAGUCACAAACCCAGUGCAAGGGGCAAGAGAUACCUGAAGAAUUAUGCUACUGCCAGUGGAUAUAUGACCCUCCGUAACGGUUGUUCUAAGGAAGAGGAAAGCAUCCAAAGCCCUAAAAAGAAUGUUAUGGUUAAACAACAGCUUGGUUUGGAUAGUGAUGAAAAGGAAACGAGAGAAUUGUUGGAGAUUUCAAGUGUAAAUGAGAAUCAGAGGGUUGUUGUAGGUGAUUCUAAAUGGGGUACAGAGAGGAUGACUCCAGUUUCAUCAAGAAUGCCUCCUCCAUCUCCCAAGGAAAUUUCACUGACAGAGGGAUCUAAAGCAUCUUAUCUUCACAGCAAAUACUCAGAGAGCAGAGCUGGUUCACCAACCAGAAACCCCUUGGUACGACAUAACGUGAGUUCUCUGUUGCUGUCAUCUUCCGUGAAAGACAAUACUGUAAAGAUUACUCUGCCUAGAACAGGCAACACCAAGCAAAGCCAAAAAUCCCUGGAAAGUGAAAGAAGUGAAGUCACCUCAUUAGAUGAGUUGUUUUCAAAAGCAGCCCAGGCAGAAGAUUCAGCUAACAGCAGCUCAGAUGACUUCAGACUGAAUAUCCUAAGCCUUGAUGAUUUGGCACCAAGUAUCACCAGUGAGGCAGCAGAAUUAAAGCAGCAAGGGACACACAUGCAAAUCACUCAGGAAUCAAACAGAAAGCCAAAAAAAGAUGCAUCCCUGGUGGAAAAGGACCAGGGUUCUCUUAGAAUGACAAGUGCAGUAACUGGUGUGAAGGAUCCUUCUGAUGAGGAUGUUGAAAAAACCGUGACUGGAGCUGACAUCUCUGAGCAUUUAAGUGGAGUUUCUGCUGAUUUCCCUAGACAGAAACAGGAUUAUCUUGAUGAGAGAACUAUUAAUUCAGAGUAUUCUGAAGACUUUGAAAGUUCUCCAUCCACAACAGACAGGGAAUCUGUAGCAAAGAUGUCAGAGGAACAUUCAGAGAGCUGCACAUCGUCUGGAAAACACCCAUCUUCAGCAUCAUCACCUGGACUUGCCAGAGCACAGCAGGAGCAGGUACAGAGAGUGACUGUCAGAGAAACUGCAGUUCAGACGGUGGAUCCUCUGUUCACCUACUGCUGGCCAAAGGCAAACACCUCAGCAGUACUUGACCCACCUGUAGGAAACAGUUACGUCGAUCCCAUACCUAUUGCCAGUCACGUCAUCAGCACGGAUGCAGUAGAAGCCUUGACAGCAUACAGCCCAUCAGCCCUUGUUUUAAACACAAUGUUGAAACAGCACUUGAUGCUGACCCAGCAGUUUGUACAGAACAUUCACCACCUUCAUGUAUCCCUCGUGGAGUCAUUAGAGAAUGAGAAGUUCCACUACCAUACCCUGGAAGAGGCUAAAGAGUACAUCAAGAAUCACAAAUCCCCACCUCUAACACUUGAGCAAGCAUGUGAAGAAGUUCAGAAAGCACAGGAGGAAAAACUGCUUUGA